UUGUAAAUUUUAACCUGUCCCUUCCUUAUAAGUUUUUGAGUUCCCUUUCGAUAAAAUUGCGUUGCACAGCAUAAUCAAACGAAACCACCGAGCUAGCAGCGAUUCCUCAACUUGCUUGGACAGCAAGAAGCACAAAGCAAGAAAGCAGGACUUUGCGUCUCCACAUAAACCUCUUGGCGCAUUCUAGCACCGAAGCAAUUCCAAGUCGAUAUAGACCUUCUAGUGACAUAACAUCAGGAUGUCCGACAACUCGGCCGUGAGCUGUGUGCUCAAUGUUAUUCUCUGCGGUGCCACCGGUUUCGGUUUCUACAAGAUUGGACCCAGUGAACACCCGUAUGCCUUCACAGCCUGCGUUUUUGGUUUCUGCCACGGACUCUUCGGCUUGGUGAGCGGUUUGACCGACAACGAGAAUGCCAAGAAGGUCACGGAGACGACCACUGCGAUCAUGGAGAUCAUACCGCUGCCGCUGGUCAAUGUGAAUCUCUAUCUGGCCACCGAGAGCAACAACAUUGCCCUGGGCCAUGGACUCUUCAUUGUGCCGCUGGCCGUCAGCGUGAUCCUGGCCUUUUUCAAGGGCGAGAGCGGUGGCGAGGGCGAGGGAAGUGCCCUCGACACACUGAAGACCCUCACCAUUUUGGGUAACAUCACAUCGCUGUUGUAUCUGGCGAUCAAUGAGAACAAUUGGAACAUGGGCGGCAUGGCCUUCCUGGCCUUCAUGGCCAAGUUCGGGGCCAAAUUCUUUGAGGAGCAGAUCAACGAGGGCAGCGGGGAGCCGGUGACCUACUUAAGUUGGUCGGGCUUCUACUUCCUCACCGCCGUGGCCCUUUCGGGCGAGAAGUAGGCGUAGUAUCUGUCCAGGUCUUGAGAUCUGGGUUCCGAGUUCUGAGUUCCGAUUGCCGCGUUCCUGGCCAUCAGCAUCGCUCCCGCUGUUCACAUAAACUUCCCGCCACUUCCGGAGCCCAACUAAUUCGACCUUGGACGAGCAGAAUGAUGAAUAAAUUAUUGGACUUAUGCUGCGGUGACUCGUUAAUAUUUGAAUGAUUUGGCUUCAAUAUUUAAGAAAUAUACAUCUAUUGCAAACUGGGAAUCGUUGAUAUUGAUAAUUCGUUGAUAUUCUAUAACGGAACACAACAAAAUAAGUUGGCGUAAUAAAGAGCGAUCACUUUUAA